CUCAACUGAAAGGCUCUUCUUUCCUUUCUUCAGCAUGUCCUACAGUUCUGUGAAAGGUGGAGGCUCCGGGAAAGGGGGUUAUUCUAUAGAAUCAGGUUUUAAUAGUAUCCGCUGUCAGCUUUGUGCAGCCAGGGGCUGUAAUUGGUGUUGCACAAACUGCCCUUCUGUCAGUAAUGUUUUUGCUGGUCAAGGUGGAGGCUUAGGUGGUGGUUUUGGUCGAGGCUUCGGUGGAGGCUCUGGGGGUGGCUUUGGUGCACGCUAUGGUGGUGGCUUUGGUGGAGGCUCUGGGAGUGGCUUUGGUGCAGGCUAUGGUGGUGGCUUUGGUGGAGGCUCUGGGGGAGGCUUUGGUGGAGGUGCAAAGGUUGCCUAUGAAGUUACUGGUACAGGAGGACAAUAUGGCAGCAGCGUCUUUGGGAACAAAAAGGAGACCAUGCAGAACCUUAAUGAUCGUUUGGCCAACUACCUGGACAAAGUGAAUGCACUGGAGGCGGCAAACGCUGAACUGGAACGGAAGAUUAAAGAAUGGUAUGACAAGCAGCCCACUACCAGCGAUGGAGGAAAGGACUACAACAAAUAUUACUCAUUAAUCAACGAACUAAAUCAGAAGAUCCUUAAUGCAGCAUUAGACAACGCAGAACUCGCCCUACACUGUGAAAACGCCAAGCUGGCAGCUGAGGACUUCAGACUGAAGUAUGAGAGCGAGUGGACCCUUUCCCAGGCAGUGGUCAGCGAUAUAAAUGGCCUGCGUAAACUCAUGGAUGAUCUUACUCUGUCCAAGUCAAGUCUGGAAUCCCAGAUUGAGAGUCUCUCCGAGGAACUGGCUUAUCUCAAUAAGACUCAUGAUGAAGAGAUCAAGGGUACCCAAAACACUAAACUUAGCCAAGUUAGUGUGGAAAUGAAAGCCCAGCCUGGUACUGACCUGACCAAGAUACUGAAUGACAUGAGAGCUCAGCACGAAGCACUGGCGCAGAAGAACCGCAGGGAAGCUGAAGACCGUUACAAUAAAAUGAGUGCGGAACUGAGACAACAGAUAUCUGCUGGGGUGGGACAAGUGCAGACAAGCAAAACCGAAACCUCGGAACUUAAAAAAACGCUCCAAGCACUUGAAAUUGAGCUCCAGGCACAAAUUGCCAAGAAACAAUCUCUGGAGUUGAUGUUGGCCGAAACUGAGGGCAGUUACUGUAUGAAACUGUCGAGGAUACAGGUGACCAUUUCCAGCAUAGAAGAACAUCUGGCACAGCUCAAAGGAGACUCGGAGUGCCAACGCUCCAAGUACGAACAGCUCUUGGGCAUCAAGAUAAGGCUGGAACAAGAGAUUGAAAUGUAUCGCAAGCUCCUGGAAGGUGGAGGGAGCAAUCAAACAAGUGACGUGGGACAGAGAAGGGGCGGUGGCUCUGGAACAAGUGACACCACGGUGAGAACCAUCACAGUGAAGAAAAUUGUCGAAAAUGUGGUGAAUGGAAAGGUCGUUUCAAAGGAGGAGGUGAUCGAGCGCUUAUAAACCAAUCAGCAGUUGGGGCCAAAGAUUCUUUUAAAUGGCGUCUCAGUCUGUUAUUUUCUUGUUUUAUGGAGCAACUUGACUCUGGAAGGGGACAAUAGGCACCUUAAUCUCUUAAUAAAAUGCAGUUACUGAUUA